GUUUGUCGGCCCGUGGCGGGGAGGGGCGAUGGCGUGCGACUCCGUCAUGUACUGCCUGUGCAAGGCGCUCAUGUGCGACCUGACUGCCCGGCCGCCGCGGCGAUACGAGAGGUCGCUGCCGAAACUCAGCAGCCAGGACGAGGAUGGGCCCACGUCGCACACGCAGUUCGCGGGCGUCACGCACUUCGAGCCGAUCCCGCACGACCACGACUUCUGUGAGCGCGUCGUCAUCAAUGUGAGCGGGCUGAGGUUCGAGACGCAGCUGCGCACGCUCAACCAGUUCCCCGACACGCUGCUCGGCGACCCGGCGCGGCGGAUCCGCUACUUCGACCCCUUGCGCAACGAGUACUUCUUCGACCGCAACCGGCCCAGCUUCGACGCCAUCCUCUACUACUACCAGAGCGGCGGCCGGCUGCGGCGGCCUGUCAACGUGCCCUUGGACGUCUUCUCCGAGGAGAUCAAGUUCUACGAGCUGGGGGAGCUGGCCACCAACAAGUUCAGGGAGGAUGAGGGCUUCAUCAAGGAGGAGGAGAAGCCGCUGCCGUCGCACGAGUUCCAGCGCAAGGUGUGGCUGCUGUUCGAGUACCCGGAGAGCUCGCAGGCGGCGCGCGUCGUCGCCAUCAUCUCCGUGUUCGUGAUCCUGCUGUCGAUCGUGAUCUUCUGCCUGGAGACGCUGCCCGAGUUCAAGCACUACAAGGUGUUCAACACCACCACCAACGGCACCAAGAUCGAGGAGGACGAGGUGCCCGACAUCACCGACCCCUUCUUCCUCAUCGAGACCAUCUGCAUCAUCUGGUUCACGUUCGAGCUGUCCGUGCGCUUCCUCGCGUGCCCCAACAAGCUCAACUUCUUCAGGGACGUCAUGAACAUCAUCGACAUUAUCGCGAUCAUUCCGUACUUCAUAACGCUGGCGACGGUCGUGGCCGAGGAGGAGAGCACGAUCAACGUGGUGCGCGCGCCCGUCAGUCCUCAGGACAAGAGCACGAACCAGGCCAUGUCCCUAGCCAUCCUGCGAGUGAUUAGGUUAGUGCGAGUGUUUCGAAUAUUUAAGCUGUCGCGCCACUCCAAGGGACUGCAGAUCCUCGGCCGGACUCUGAAGGCCUCGAUGCGGGAGCUCGGACUGCUCAUAUUUUUCUUGUUCAUAGGUGUGGUGCUAUUCUCGAGCGCCGUGUACUUCGCGGAGGCGGGCUCCGAGAAUUCCUUCUUCAAGUCCAUACCAGACGCGUUCUGGUGGGCCGUUGUUACGAUGACUACCGUGGGCUAUGGUGACAUGACGCCCGUGGGCGUGUGGGGGAAGAUCGUGGGCUCCCUGUGCGCCAUCGCCGGCGUGUUGACCAUCGCGCUUCCCGUCCCGGUGAUCGUCUCCAACUUCAACUACUUCUACCACCGGGAGACGGACCAGGAGGAGAUGCAGUCUCAGAACUUCAACCACGUGACGAGCUGCCCCUACCUGCCCGGGACACUGGGUCAACACAUGAAGAAGAGCUCGUUGUCGGAGUCGUCGUCAGACAUCAUGGAGCUUGAAGAGGGCAUCUUGCUGACCAGGGAAGUCUCCAAGAAGCAGAACUGCAACCCCAAGCACAAUAACAACAUCAACGCCAUGAGCAUUGAGACUGAUGUCUGACUACUAGUGAAGAAGGCGCUGUUGCGGUUUCGUCAGAUGUUGCUGCCGGGCCGCAGCGGGCCCGCCUGGCAGGCCGCCAUGCAGCUGGCUGUGUAACUGCGGCCGCCAGAGGUCAGGUCGGGCGCCGCGGCCCGCACGCCACACUCGCGGCUCGCGGCAGCGGCCGGCCAGUACACACACCGUACAUCACACUUGCUGAUAUGGGGGGGAACAUGUAUGAACUCUUAGACAAAAAAAUCAUUUUGUUCUUGCCAUUAUAACUUUUUUAUUACGAUUUAAUUUUUUUAAAAAAAAAACGUAGACGCUUUUGGCGCCUACAGGUGCAUGUGAAAGCCCAACGUGAUGUGCGAUAUGAGUUUGUAAAAGCCUGAGGUGUAAUGUACUACAUAGUCCGAGUGCAAGUUAUGAAUAUUUCCCUUCGACUUCCAGAACACCACCGUUUCCCGUGUGUCGUCCCCGACUCGACCUUGACUCCCUCCCUCCCACUUACCUCUGUCGCCAUCCCGAACACCCGCUCCCCGCUCCCCUUACGAGCCUUGGUACUAGCUCAAAAAAUAAACAAAUCACACCACAAAGUUUUUUCUUUCUAAGGUUUUUAUCUUUCACAUGUUCACUUUCUUAGUCUCUCUCUCUUUCUCUCACACAAGACAUACGUUACACACACAGUAUCUGAAUACGACAAAUGUAGAUAGGUUAUGCCACACGAGUCUCGCCCCAACGCCGUACGGAGUUGCGGUGCGACGGACCGAGAUCUGGCAACGUCCUAUAUAAAGACAAGCGUAACUCGUAGGUACUUCCCAUUUAGAGUAUUGUCUGCCCUUUAAGUAGAAGUAAUUUUAGAACUUCCUUAAAAGCAAAUAUGAUUUUACCAAAAAAAAUUAUUAUUAAAAAUCAUAAAACUAAAGAAAACAGCUUUUAUUCUAAUUAAAGAAAAUAUGUUAUUACUUUUAAGAGAAGCCACAAAUCAAUAUAAAGUUUAAAAUAGGUUUCAAAGUAAGUAAGUAAGCAACGCAAAUCAAAGCCUGCCAUAUUUAAAUAGCUUCUUAAGAAUUUCUCUCGUUUCUCAACUAGUAUUAUAGAAGAAAAAAAAAGGACACACCAGUUUACAGAGAAGCUAAGCUAGUUACAUUGGAAAUGAAAAUUACUAUUACUAAUAUUCCAAAAUAAAGUUAAACUGCUAAAGAGCUGUAGGCAAAGCAAGUCCGUAGUUAAAACUUGUAGAUGUAUAUAUUGCGCAUAUACUUCCAGAAUUUCCACUAGGUUCAUCCAGCACUGCGCGUCGUGGAAAUCUGCGGAAGAGUAUUUUUCGAGUAGCGCCAAUAUCGUAGGACUGUAGGAACUUUCGUGAAAACUGAAAAAAUAUUAAUAAUAUCGAGUUGUUACUGUUUAUCCCAGUCAUUCCGCCAUACUUUUUGCAACCGGAAGUGAUGUGAUUGUGGUGGUUGUUUGCACACGCGGAUCUCUGCAGCUCAAGAUGUUCUGUCGCGUGUGUGUGCGUGCGUGAGUGUAGGGGCGGUCGUCACCAUCCGACUUGGUGAUGUUUGUUAUUUCAUAGUUGUGAACGAAUGGGGCUAUUACUACAAUACAUUAAAAAAUCUUUAAAAAUAUUACGAGGAUAUUUGAGCGCUCACGAAACCGUAUAAAUAAAAAAACACGUAGGUUACUUUAUUGAAAAUAAAAAUAAAGAGAACAUUGUAUAAGGUACUGCAAAACUCAAGAUACUUUCUUGUUAAAUUCUUGAUCGUGAACAAAAAAUUAGAUUUGGGCACUGUUUUAAGUGCUUUUUUUUAUUAUUUUCUGGGCUGUGUGGAAGCUAACUUAGAGUUCGAUUUAGCCUUUUGCCUAGCUCUAAAUUUUGACGUUAUUGCGUUCAGAUUCAUUCCUCACAACAUUAUCAUAAUAAUAAAUAUUACUAACAAUACAUUAAUAAAUUUUCUGUCCAUUUCCUUCGAGUUUUCCCUGUAGAAUCCCAUCAGGCCAAGUUACUCUAGUGAGUCCCAGCCAGUUCCUGCCUCCAUAUUGUAGUCUGUGAAACUUGCUACACAUGCUUGUAGCAGUAAUCUGCAAAUUUGGACUCAAAUAUAACGUACUAUACAUAUCCAUACCGCUUUUAAUAAUUAUAAACAAGCUCUGUGUAAGAACGGCUGGUCAACAUUGCCAACGUAAUCCAUAAUUAUGUUGAAUAUGUUACAAAUAAUUCAGCAGGUUGUGAAAGUUUUGAAAUCAAAUAAAUAUGUAAAAUAAAACCUUAUAUUGUACCUAGUUCAAAAAUAUCACCUGUCCAAAGUGAGUAUAGCAUGUCCAUCAAAAAUUAUGUACUGCCAACAUGACGAAAAUGUAUUUUGAAAAUAUUGUUGUGUUAUUAUUUAUGUAUAUUUUCUAAAAUGUUAAUUUUAAAAUAUAUAAUGGAUAGUCUGACAUGUUAAUUAUGUAAAUAAGUCUGAAUAUGUCCUUAAGCUUAAGUAAAUUAGAUAUUAGAAAAAUAAAUUUAUAAUGGCACUAGUUGUAAUGUUGUUAUGAAUUGAGAAAAUAAUUUAUAUGUGUUGAAAUAUAUUCACUACAUUCCUCUAUUCUAUAUUUUAGUCUAUUAGCGAAGAGAAUUGGCUUAAAGGCAAGGGUUGUGUAACAUAUGUGAGAGAUUAGCGCUUGCGAAAUACUGUAAAUGAUGGCAGCCUACAGCAAAUAUUUAUUAGCGUAUUUUCAGUACGUUAAUAACGAAAACUUUCGUUAUACAAAUUCAUUUAUACAAAUAAAAAUAAAGUCAUGACUAAUUCUUUUAAAGAAACAUUUCAUAGCAUUGAAUUAAUCUGCUUUAAAUAAAACUUUAAAAAGCUUUCGUUUCAGUUUUAUGAAAUGAGCUUUUUAAAGAAUAUUAUUGGUGUGUAAAGAUCAUUUGCAAAUAAGCAUAAGUGUUCGAAAUUGUGCAACCGGGACAACUUUUCCCAGUUAUCUUAAUCCUUGCUUUUCUUGUUCUUUGAAAAACAAAUGUGAGUUAUUUUCUUAUACACGACAUUAAUUUCGGGCUGCUGCUUUUCACAGUAUAAAUGUUUUAUUUAUGAGUUAUAUAGGUAGCCAAUUGCUUCCAUGGAUUAUGACUUUUUAAACGAUUACACUGAAGUGAUGGAUGUUUGCAGGCUGUGUUAAGUUUCAUGCAUAAUGACUGGAUAUAUUUCUUGUCUGCGUUGAGUUAUAUCUGAAGAGAUGAGGGAUAGUGUACAUUUAAAGGUUGUUUCUAGGCAACGUUAUGCAAAGUUUUAGUAAAUAGCAAAUUAUUUAAUAUUAAAUAGUAAUUAUAAUCAAUACAUAAAAUACCUCAUUCAGGACUUUCAUAAUAAAAAAACAGUAGAUAAUAAUCCUUUCAGUGCUUCUUUGGGUUCAACACAUAAUCCUAAACACAUAAUAUAAAAUUGGGGUAUAUGCAAUUUGUAUCCGUAUUGCUCGUAUUUUUCAGUUGUGAUAGAACCGAAAUAAUACUACAAAGCAUGCCGAUACAACAUAUAAACCGACAUGCAUGGUAAUACAUCAUUUAGCACCGUACUGUAACUAAAAAUCAUGAUCAAUUAGCGGUUUUCAAAACUUAACUCAAAUAACAGUUUUAUCUUUAAACUAUAGUUAAUUAAUUUAGGUAAUUCAUUAAGUAUGAAUUUAUACCAAAAUGUAUGAACCAAAUGGAUGGAAAAAAAUUGAUAUUGCCAUGUUUUGACAUUAAUGACGUUGCCACAGUUUUCAAACACAUAAAAAUUGCCUAUUCAUAUUUAUUUUUCCUAGUAGUAUAACUCUAGACAUGCUUAUAAUUAAUGAUUUUAUUUUUAAAUGAAAUACAUCAGUCAAAAUAAGGAUAUUUUGGUGAAACAAAUAUAAAUAAAUAUUUUAGUUUCAUUUUAGUUAAAUGAUUCUCUAUUAUUAUGAGUAAAGACAAUAUAUAAUAAUAGAAACAAUAACACCGAAAUCUCCCGUUUUAUAAACAAAGUCUGCCUAGAAAUAAAACAUUUAAAUCUGGUAAUAAGCUGUUUAAUGACUCAAUUGGCAAUAUUUUAUGCGGCCAUAAACUUUCUGUCAUUCUAGUCGUAGUAUAAUAUAUGCCUUGCCAUAAACUAAAAUUCUUACAAAUGUUUUAACAUUUCAUGUGAAUAUUAAUUUUAUUUAAGUUACAGGUAGGCAGAACAUUAAAUAAAAUCCUUCUGUAAUCAAGUCAUUUUUUUUACUUGACUCUGCUACCUCAGUUUUAUUGAUUUUCUACAAACAAAAUACUACGUAACCAAAUUUAGACUUUGACAUGGCAGAUUAUAGCCAGAUAUUAAACUAAUUACUGUUUUAAAUCUCUACUUAAACCAAUUGAAUUUCUGUAGUAAAUAAAAAUACAUUUAUAAAACUUUUUGCACUUUCAAAUAUGCUUUUAUUACAUAAAAUCACUUGAAAAAAUUAAAGAAAAAUACUUGAAGACUUUCGAGAUUUUGGUCAGGAAACACGAGAUCGACUUGGAUUUUUGACGUCAUAAAUCAGUAUUAAGACAUUAUUUAAGGCACAAUACUCUGAUUUGAAAGAUUAUGAAAUAACAAACAGAGCCCUUUCAGUGUGUGACAUAAAACAUGUUUUAUCAGAAAUAAAAAAUUUCCAUUUUAAUUGCUUCAAUAUGGUUUAUGUCAUGCUUUAUGCAUCUAAUAUUUCAGUGGCUCAUUAUGCAGGCUAAUAUCAAAUCUUUGUUAUUUUUUAAGAUUAGACAAUUUUGUGCCUGGUUUUUUUUUUCAGAAAGUUUAAAAUAAAAACCAUGUAGGCUACUCUUCGGUAAAAGUUUUGUAUGAUUACGUUUAAUGAUUUUUUGGUGAGUUUUAGAUAGUAAAUUGUUUCCCUUUAAGCUUCAUUCAAAGGCUACUGCUAUGACAGUUUCUGCCGAAGGUGCUCCAUAUAGGUGACAUUAUUUUCUCAUUUCGGUAGUUCAAGCGGCCACCAACGUAGAUAGCUGGCAAGGAUAAUACGAGGAUGACCCACGGUAUAGCUCCCAGCAAGACUCGGAGAACUGGUGGUAGAUACGAUUAUUUUUACAGUACACGUGUCUAAAUAUUUGAGUUUAUCUUUAAAAAAUACAGACACAGGUUAAAAAUGAGAAACAGCUAUAGGUAAGAACCAAGCGACACUAUUCUUGAUGUAAUAGAGCCGAACAUCAUUCAUAUUAUCACUACUCUUCUUAAUACAUUAAAUUACGCUAUGACUGAACUCGUGACAAUAGAUGUAGUAUAGUACAGCACGAAUGUUUAGGAAUUGUUUCGUUUUUUUUUUUUUUCGUUUUAAGACUAUAAAGAGACUGUUCUUAUUUCCUUCAAUUAAACGCUUCUUUUGAAAGUAUAAUCUACUAAUGUGGUUCAUAUUACAAGUCUUAAGUGAUUACAAAUCGCAUCAUUUAAAACGAUGACAUUACUGAUCUGGUUAGGCAGGGUUGAGAAUUAAACAGCUUUAUUUUUAGUUUUGGGCCAUUUGGUAUGCGGUUUCCGAACCACUUGAUCCACGAGCGGGCCUUAGUGUACGUCGCCACCUACCACCUAUUUAGCACCAUUACGUCAUCUGUUAGUGAGGACUAUAAUUUAUUUUUUUUAACUCACGUGAAAUACAAGAGGCGCCUGACGUGGUUCUUUAAUGCCUUUUGUGAAAAGGUCAAUAGCUUAAACCGGCUGACGACAACAGUUUUAAAGUUAUUGUAAAAAUUUAUUUUUAAAACUUCUGUAAAUUGUUGGUUGUUAAUAUCAUUCUAGAAAAUGGAGGGGGUAUAUUGUGUAUCUCUAUCAUUCCAAUAUUCCUAGCAAAUGAAGUUACUAAAGCCUUACUUUACCGUUCGUACUCGGAUUAGAGAGAUUGCAUUUACGUCCCCAUGGGUGAGAAUUCGUUAGUUAUUACAUUCUCUGCUCCUAUUUUCAAGCUUUAAAGGCCUGUAGCCUUUAAAACGUUCUGUAAUUAUUCAGUUGUGUAACAGCAGUAAAGGUAGCUGACUGGUCAGACGCGUGAGUUCUUAAAGCACGGGGGUAAUAAGGGCGACACUAGCUAUCGUAUCACACGCCUUACAGCCUCUAUGCGCCACGCACAGAACUGGUAUGCAGUCUUCGCGUCGGUAACGCGGGUCUGAGAGACUUGUAGCGGUCACCCUAUCAUUUUAAGAUAGAAUAUCAAAGGUAAAGGCUCCCUACACUUCCCUAUACUACUUACAAAACUGUUUGUUGAAUUUUUCAUGCCUGAAAAUGUCUGUGAAUACACCCGUUUUAGCCAUUUUCACUGUCCAAAAAAUACACGUUAUACACUAAAUCAUGGAACGAAACUUGUAUAGAAACAUUCAAUGGUUCUUAAUUGUUAUUCGUAAUCAGACACUGACAAUAAAUCUUGAGCGGUUUGUAAAUGGCGCAAUAACACGUGGUGCAGUUGGGCGACAGAGAAAGGCGGCCACCUUAAAUGAUGUAACUGAUUUGGAUUCUUUAGUGUUCAGCCCAUGAAAAUGUUUGUAGUAGAAUCUGGCUCGAUGCCCAAUUUCACCACUUAUUCAGAAUAUGCGUCUGGGGAAUGUUUUAAAUGGUUCGUUGGUUUAAAAAUAAUAAAGCUUUUCCGCACCCUUCACAAAGUUUCCUUUCCCCUACCAAAGUUUAUUUUAUUUACUAUAAUUGAAUAUGGACGAUAAACUGAUGUCGUUAUGAAGUUAGUUAGCUCGGUGGCAUCUUUCAUUUCUGUGUAUGUGUGUGUAAUUUCAGGUGGUCAUUUGAGCAAAUUAUUUUCUGAUUUAUGAAUUCGAAACAUUUCUCACCAAAUUUUAGUAAAAUUGUAAAGACAGCUAUGCUUCCAACGGAUGAUAAUUCAAUGUUACGAUUUAGAAAUUCCUUGUAUGCACGCAGUGAAAUGGCACCAUCAUUGCCAUAGAUUAGCGCUUACGGAUUGUGGAAGACGUCAAACCCCAAGUCGCAAUCGCAACGCAUGCGGCGCCGUUGUGAGACAAGUUCAAGCAGUCACGCGAAACAAAUAUGUGCGUUGUUUUUUUUUUCUUCGGAACACGCCUGCGACUCACAAAGAUAAGUCCAUAUGCCAGCAACUGGCUGACGAGGUGUGUGCGCAAGGGCUAGGUACGACUGCAUGUCGUUUCCUUGUAUUCUACUUUAACUGUUCUAAUUAAUGCAGAGGUUAUCUUCAAACAUUCUUGAUUUCUCAAAUUGUAAAAUUCUUAAUAGGUUAUUUUUUUGCAUGUAAACAUGAACGUAUCGUGAGUGAAGUUUGGUAUACCGCUUACAACAAACUUCGCAAUAUUGUAUAAACUAGGGCCUAUUUAAAAUAGCCUGAAAAAAAAUUAAAUUAUAAUUAGCUUUUCUACAAGUUUCUGUUUCGUUUUCAUAUUCAAUUGAUAUGUCAGCAGCUAUUAUAAUUUUAUGUAGUUUUAUUUACUUUACUACGUGUUUGUGAGAGUGUGUUUAUAAAUGUAUAUAACCUGUAGCCAUCUAUAUCUUAAGCAAAUUUUAAUUAUAUGUAUUCUUAGAAAAUUAUUUUUUAUUUACUUAUAUUUAGGCUGUUUCAUUAUUUUCGUAAAUACCUUAAAAUUUUUGAAUUUACAAAAUUUAGAAAUAAAAUAUAGGAAGGGAAGCACUGUUUAUAUUUCUAUGCUUGUCCAAUGAUUCGCUAUUAGAAACUAUUUUAAUUUCAUCAUGCCAAUCAUUUUCAUAACGUUGCUUGGAAGUGUAACGUUUUGUUGGUGUUAGUAAAUAAUAUAUUUUAAUGUACAAAUAUCAAUGAACAGUGUUAUAACGCUGCUUAUUGUUAUGAACAUAUCUAAAGAAAGUAAUAGUUAAAAUAAGACAAUACAUUGUUAUUAUAUUCAGAAAUUGUCAAGAAUGAAAAAAAACAACUAAAAAUUACAAUGUAAAUACACCAACUCAUUUAAGAGUGUAAAACAAUUGUCAAAAAAUUAGGUAUACAUUCAAAAACAAUAAAAAAUUAUUUUAUUUUUGAAAGUGGUUAUGAAUAGCAUAUUUAAAAAAUGUCAAUGCAUUAUUUGUAGCUCGGGAAUACAGUUUACUAUUUAAAAAAAUAUGUAUUCUGAGUAAAAAUAUGUAUAAGGAUGUUUACUAUCAUAUAUGUUAUAAUGAGUUGGGAGCCUAUACUGUCAUACUAUUUUGUUAUUUAUCAUUUACAGCAAAAUAUUUGAUCACAAGAAACGUCAAAGGUACUAAAUGCUGGGUCAGACUGCAAAAUAAUCUUUCUGUGUGAGUAAUUUUUUUUAUCUGUACGACAGCCAAAGGAAAUGCAAAUAGAGUGACUAAACAUUUCUUUCAUAGUGUUAUGGUUACAACUCAGUUAAAGAACUCUAUAAAAAAUAGUAGAUAUUUAAAGGAGAAAUUUAUUUCGCUUACAUAAUAAUACCAAAUAAUUUCCCAAAACCACCCAUGGAAGUAGUAUUUUUAUUUACAUAGUGGAUAUUUUAAAUAACAUUUUCCAUACAUAUAUAUGAAAUAUUUGGCUUAUAUAAGAUACGUAAGUCUCAGUCUCACACGCCGAGUUAGUAAUUUCAUUUUAUUGUUAUUACUAUUAAUUAACAGAUGUUCCUGUAAAUGUAUUCCUAUAUAUAUUUUGCAUUGCCGUUGGAUCACACAUUUUCUAGCUGUAAAAGUCACAUAGGUGCGUCAUAAUUAUGAACAUUUGCGUGAAUAUUUGCCGCUAUUAGAUCAUCUUUAGUAAAUAUCUGUUUGGAAAAUUUUAGACGAAACAUUAAAUGCAAGAGAUCAUGAUAAGUAUUAUGUUCUGCACAUGUCUCCAUUUAUUAAAGACAUAACUCUCAAACAUUGCAGUUUCUCUCUCACAACCGUGGAUGCAGUUCAACCCAUAACAUACAUAAUACCAAUCAGGCAAAACAUAGCUUAACCAAGAUAAUGCCAACCUAACCAUACAAACUAACUUAACCUAAAGACAUAACAGUAAAGCUGGACUCACAGUGAUACGUCUUAUCCGCCCGUCACCUGUCCGUCCGUCAAUCACGUGGCCUGCAUCCAAUCAGAAGCCCCGAAAAAUUCAAUUCGUCCUUCCGUCAAAACCUUGUCAAGCUUUAAUUUUCGACGGACGGACGGAUGAAAUCAUAACCUCACAAACGUCUGAAAGGAUUGUCUUUAUUUAAAAAAAAAAAAAAAUAUUUUGUUUAUUUGUUUAGCUGCUUCCAUAUUAUAUUUUUAACUCACCUAUGAACACAUUUUAAGUUUGAUAUUCGAAACAAAAAGUUGUCUGAGACACAAAAGUAAUUAAUAAUGCACAGUAACUCGAAAUUAUAUUUAAAUAAAUAUUUUAGAGUUUGUUUUACUAUUUAUAAGUUCUUGGCUUUCUUAAUCGGCAACUGGUAGACCUUUACAAGAGAAAUGUUCUUUAAAAUUCAAGCCUUAAUAGUAAGUUGGCAGCGUCCAAGUAUAGAAAUAUAUAUUAAACGUGCGGAUAGUGGCGAAUCGUACAGCUUGUUGACGGAAAGACGAAUGGUGGACGGACGGGGGACAGACGGACGCGACAGAUAAUUGUGAGUCCAGAUUAAGAAUAAUAGUCUAAUGACAAAAAAAAACUCAAGUUACCAAAAUGGUACGUGAGACUGAGGGAAAAUCUGAAUUUCCUACACAAAACUAUUUUUUUUUUAUUUCUUCCAUGUAUAAGUACCUGUUUAUAUAAAAGGUGGGUAAGUAAAUGGCCUGAAAAAUAAAUCUCCGGCAGUUUUUCAAAGAGAGAGUGGGAGAUCGUGCGAAAAAACAACCCAGCCGCUCCGCCUCAAUGUAUGUGUUGGUAUUUAAUACACUAACUCAAAAAAAUGCUGCAGUGGAUCCAUGAAUUUUGUUUCUCAUCUUGCAAACUGUAAUAUCAGCAUCCAAUAUUCCUCUUAACUUAACUGGAGUUUUUUUUUUAAAAAAAAACC